ACAUAGAAGCUUGAUGUGCUAGCGUCAGAAAUUACGACAACGGAGUUUUUAUUCCCAAUUUUAAUCAUGUUUCUAUAAGAAAUAAAUAAAAUAGUGUACAAUGGAGACUAAAAAGGGUAAUAUUACGUAUGGGGAAUGCCGCUGUUGCUUAGCAAAGGGCAACCACAGAGAUAUAAUGAAAGAAUAUUAUUUUAACGGCAUACGAGAGGUUUACUUCGAUAUUUUCCUGGAGUGCUUCAAUUUAUUCCUCUCAACGAACGGGCUCCUAUCUACACUAAUAUGCACAACUUGUGUGCAGCGUCUCCGGGACGCGACCAGCUUCCGAAUGAUGGUGCUCAGCACCGAGAGGCAGCUGCUGCAGGUUGUCGAGGGAGAGGAUAAGGACACGGUCUUUGUUAAUGUUCACGUAGACGUUAAUGAACCGCCAACGAGUAUUAAAGUGGAGAUGGAACCGCAGGCUGAAGCUGGUGUGAAAGAGGAGCUGGCUUCUGAUGAUGAGGGGGACGCGGACGUGGGUGACUCUGAUUACGUGCCCGAACCUGAUGAUAAUACCUCAGACGCCCAAGAUAAGCCUUCGGUAGACUUCGAAGCCCUACUAGACCGCGAGGCAGCCCUGCUGGGCAGGUUCGCUCGCGUCAAGCUGCCGCCGCUGCCCACGCGACAAACGUUGCCGGAGAUCUGCCCUGAAUACUGCCGGCAACUUGAUUUGUUGCAGAAUUUAAAAAUCGUGCCAAAGAAUCUGAUGAAUUUACUGGAAGAACAAGACAGUAGGCGCACUCCUUCUAGAAAAGUCUUUAUAUCAGAGAAACUAGCUCACAUCACGAACGCGGGCACCAUUCUCGAAUGCUCCAACGUAACGCCUUUUAAAAGCAAAAGUCGACUCGGCUUCCCAUGUUUCUACUGCAGAAAUGUAUUCGAAAACCAAGAAAAACUUCGGGAACAUACAUCUCAGCAUAAAAAGUCAGAAAUAAGACAUAUACUUAAAACUUAUGGCGCAGAAUGCCUUGUCGUAUAUGUAGAUACAACAGACCUAAAAUGCACAUUAUGCGACAAAAGUAUGCAGAAUUUAAACAGUUUGAAGUCCCACCUAAUUAAUGUACAUAAGAAAAAAAUGUACCCAGAAUUUACGGAUCGUGUUAUACCGUAUAAGCUCUCUGAUUCAGGUGUACAUGAGUGUCAAGUUUGUGGGUUUAAUUUCGAGACUUUUGGCUCCAUAGAAAGACAUAUGAAUGUCCAUUACAGAAAUUAUGUUUGCAAAGAAUGCGGUACAGGUUUCGUAACAAAAUAUAGAUUAAAAGUUCAUACAAAAAGCAUGCAUGCCGGUGGUAACUACCCAUGUGAGAUUUGCGGUAAAGUAUUCUCGACGUCGCAAAAAUAUAAGAACCAUGUUAAUACUGUUCAUAAGCUAUUAAAAAGGUUUAAAUGUACUAAAUGUCCGGAGCGCUUCGCUGAAUAUUUUAGGAGACAGAAGCAUUUGGUCCAAGUACAUGGUGUAGCUCCUUUGCAAUACAAAUGUAAUGUUUGUGAUAAGAGUUUUGACCGAAGAUAUACUCUAUCUAGGCAUAUGAAGAGAGAUCACCUUGAAGAAAGGGAUUAUCAAUGUGAAAUUUGUACUUAUAGGUGUUUUACUAAGAAUGAGUUGAGAGUUCAUAUGGUUAAACAUAAUGGGGAAAGGAUAUUUGAAUGUUCUGUGUGUAAGAAGUCGUAUGCUAGGAAGAAAACGCUCAAAGAACAUAUGAGGAUACAUAACAAUGACCGUAGGUUUGCCUGCGCGGUCUGCGGGCAGGCGUUUGUUCAGAAAUGUAGCUUGAAAGGCCAUUUGAAAACUCAUCAUUUGGAUUUUAAUUUGCAGUGAUUUGAAUGUAAAUUGCUGUCGUCGGCAGUAUCUUCAAACUUUUAAGAAAAGAGCGUCCUUUUUAAAAGGCCGGCAACGCACCUGUGACUCCUCUGGUGUUGCGGGUGUCCAUGGGCGGCGCUGAUCGCUUACCAUCAGGUGACUCGUCUGCUAGUUUGCCGUCUAUUUCAUAAAAAAUGAUGCGAAUAAAUUAUAUUUUUUA